CCCUUUUUCUUUUUUUUUUUCUUUCCUAAACCCACUUUUUCCAGUUUCUCCCUAAUUACCCAAACGGAUAAUGCAAAUUCCCAAUCAAACUUCCCGCCACAGCUGCCUGCUUCAAUUAGGGUUUCCAAUUUCCCCCCAAAAAUGGCAGUUCCUCUCUUCAAUCUCGCUCCAAAUCUUACCGUCUCUAAGCUAUGCUUCGGAACCAUGACUUUCGGCGAACAAAACUCGCUUCAACAAUCCUUUCGUCUUCUUGAUUCUGCCUUUGAUUCCGGCAUCAAUUUCUUCGAUUCUGCUGAAAUGUAUUCGGUGCCGCAGCGUGCUGAGACCCAGGGAAGGAGUGAAGAGUAUUUGGGACGAUGGAUUAAAGACCGAAACAUUCCGAGGGACCGCAUUGUUUUGGCUACUAAGGUUGCUGGGCCUUCUGGGCAGAUGACUUGGAUUCGAGGUGGGCCCGAGUGUUUAGAUGCAAAGAACAUCACAGAAGCCAUAGAUAACAGCCUACUGCGCCUACAAACUGAUUAUAUUGAUCUGUAUCAGAUUCACUGGCCUGAUCGGUAUGUCCCCAUGUUUGGAGAAACAGAGUAUGAUUCAAGCAGACAAUACUUAUCAACCCCUAUUGAGGAGCAGCUUCAUGCACUUACCAGAGCUGUUGAUGCUGGCAAGGUCAGAUAUAUUGGACUUAGUAAUGAAACACCAUAUGGUGUGAUGAAGUUCCUUCAAGUCGCGGAUAGAAUUGAUGGCUGUCCAAAAAUUGUCUCCUUGCAGAACUCUUACAGCUUGCUCUGCCGCACUUUUGAUUCUGCAUUGGCUGAGUGCUGUCAUCAUGAGAGCAUCUUCUUGUUAGCUUACAGUCCUUUGGCUAUGGGUAUACUGUCUGGUAAAUACUUUGGAGAUGAUAGAGGUCCUGUAGAUGCUCGAUUGAAUCUUUUCAGAGGAAGAUAUUCAGAAGGGGAAUCCAGAUAUAGCCUGUCCAAUGCUGCUACAAAAUUAGCCACAAGGGAGUACCUUCAAAUAGCAGAAAAGUACGGCCUUCAUCCAGUUUCUUUGGCAAUUGCUUUUGUUUUGAAGCACCCCCUUGUAGCAAGUGCUGUUUUUGGAGCAACCAAGCCAUGGCAGCUUCAGGAGAUUGUUAAUGCAUGUCACAUUGAAUUAUCAGCUGAAGUAAUUGUUGAGAUAAACAAGGUUCAUUCAAGGUUUCCAAAUCCAUGUCCCUAGUAUUGGUAAUGUGAGAUAGUUUUCUUUUGUAUUUAAAUUAAUUUAUUCUUGGCCUUUAAAUUUAUGGCUUUGCUUGUAACUUAUAAGACUUGUAAGUAUGUACAUCUUUGGACUUUUGAAUCCUAUGUAAUAAGAUAAACCAUGGACGACUUAGCUAUUUUGGUUCAGUUUGGCAAUA